AUGAAAUUCGGGCAUGUGGUACAUCAGCCGCUCAUGUAUUUGUCCCCAUUUUUGUCAACACCAGAAUCUCGGUUUUUUAUGAACCUUUUCCGCACCGAGACUGCUACCAGACUAUUCCCAGCGGCUCCACCACUAUUUCUUCAAAGAAUGAUUUCGGGUGCUCUAGAAAAGCCCCACCUUCUCUAUGCGCUGCUGGCAGCGGCCUGCAGCCAUCACAGCCGACUUGUUCAACAAGAAAACCACCAAAAGUCGAUAGUGGCCGGUCUAAAAUAUACAAAUUUGGCCAUCUUCAAUUUGCGUUCUGCGCUUGCAGACGAAGACGAGAUGCUGAAGCCGGAGACUGUUACCACGGCAAUGGCACUCUGCACAAAUGAUGUCUGCAACGGAAAUAUGGACAUAUGGAAUGUCCACCUUGAUGGGGUCAUUCGAUUGCUGAAUGCAUUUAUGGAGCAUCAAAAGGAAAAAGCCCAAAUUGAUCCUUACGCCCAAUGCUUGGUGAAGUGGUGCAUCACCAUGGAUGUCCUGGCUGGGUUUUCGGGACGUCGCACCGUUCAAAAUGGAUUAUUGGCGCAGAUAUCUAGCCAGUCUGCUGAGGGAAUUGAUGAUAUUUGCGGCUAUUCCUUAGAGCUGGCCCCACUCCUUGCACAGUUGCCACAGUUAGCACAGCGCCAGGAACGAUUGUCAAUAACCGUUGAACCACUUGUGGCACAGGAAGUGGCUGCAGAGGCAGAAAUACUUGAGGCUAAGAUCUCUCAUCUAAUUGGCGCCACUGUCUCCGAGGCAAAAUUUAACAGCAUUGGCUAUCUUGCUACCGAGCUACAUUAUACUCAUCUUGCCUUUGUGCAUUCCGCAUUACUAUAUUUGCAUCGCCGCGUUCAGAACCUUCCGAGGAAUCACAUUAAGGUGAGGAACGAUGUUACGAGUAUUAUCGACUCCAUCAAACGAAUUGGAUUCUUUUCUUCGGCAAAUAUUCUCAUAUUAUGGCCCAUAUUCACAGCCGGUUGCGAAACUGAGAUCAUCAGUGAACGCGAAUAUAUCCAAAGUCGGAUGAACAAUAUGCAGAGCUUUGGAAUGGGCAAUUACACACGAGCUCGAGAAUACUUGUGGAACUUCUGGGCUUCCGAAACUUCUUUACCCUGGGAUGUUUACUUUGCGCAUCUAGGAAAGGAGGUGGUGCUGUUUUGA